CACAUUAAAAAAUGUUGAAUUGAUUCAACCUGUUGGUUUACAUGAACCUAGAAAAUGUCCAUAUUUGCCCCAACAAUGAGUUGAUACAACCCAGCAUAUAGGUUAUAGUUUUGUCCAUGUUUUGUUUGGUUUUUAAUGUGUAGCUGUUCUCGUUUAACUACUAUCUAGUGUGUGUAGUUUUUCCUCCAGAGAUGUUAAGGCGAAGCUCCAGGUUGAGGUUAAGCGGAUACUACCUUCCAUCAGAUGAUGGUCAUGAUGGAUUCAAUUGGAAAAUCUCAUACAGAGAAAGUCCAGCCAGGUGCUCCUCUAAUAGGUUUCUGCAUACACGAAUCAUAAUAUCUUUUCUUUGUCUUAUACAUUUUUCUUUUCUUAUGUGAAGGAAAUCUUGGACACAUAGAGGUCGUAGUGCAACCCCCACAUUGACACCCAACUGUGCCAAUGAAUUACAGACACUCUACAUUAAUGAUUAUUCUGAUGAUAGUGUAUAUGAUAUGGGUUAGUAUUGGUGAUAUUACUCCCUAAUUGUGUUACAAUCGUUUCAAAAUUGUUUAAUCGGUCCUUUCUCGUUUUUGGGUCCAGACAUGAGUUCUGACUUCAAGGCAGCCGCCCAAAAUAGGAACGAACUGAUCAAGACUGAGAGCUGCCCCGAUUUGCCUUUUCGCCAAAGCAGCGCUUACUGAUUUCCACCCUUAACCGAUGAACAACAUCACUCAUCCACAUUCAACGGUGUGUGCGUGUCGGUGUUCUUGAAUUUUAUGAACUAAAUAUAAGUUACACAUGUAAUACUCUUCAUUUCCUACAGACUCAACCCAUAACCAGGAAUAUCCAAGAUUCACCUUUUUAGACUCUCCAGAUCUGGCUUUGGCCAUGUUCUGCGGGUGGUUGGAGAAGACCUGGCAAACACUGACCCAAAACAUCUCCAGAAUGCAGCAAUCUUAUGAUUUUCAGCUCACCAGUGAAGAUGUAAGGAAAGCUGUCGUGAUUUUUCUCAUCAUGUUCUUGUUUGGUGGUCUUUGGUACUUCCUUGCAUUCGCCUCUCCAUUGCCAUGGCAUCGCAGUACUGAAAUUCUUCCACCGUAUACCAACACACCUACAAGAGACAAUAGUCAUUUAUCUUAUGAAAUGCUGGCGAAGAUGAGGAACGACAUCACUGCCAUGCGUGAAAGAGAGGCCAACAUUAUGAAAGAAAUCACGUUGCUUAAACUGGAGAACGAAAAGCAGAAGUUAAAGUUUGAGAUAUUCCAAAAGGACGUGACCAUGCAAGAACUGAACCUUGAAUCUGAGUACCAGCAGCAGACCUCUGACCUGAGAUCAGACGUUUCAAACAUCAGGGAAGCGUCCGACGUCCUCAAGCAGCGACUGGAUGCGCAGAAUCCCCUCAACACCAAAGAUGUGACGGACAUCGUUCAGAGCGCUUUGAGUUUGUACAAGUCUGACGGCACGGGGAUGGCAGACUACGCUCUGGAAUCCUCAGGUGGUAGAGUCACCUCGACCCGCUGUUCUGAAACGUAUCCGUCAAAGUCUUCAGAGUUCAGUUUGUUCGGUAUACCGCUGUGGUAUUAUUCGGAAAGCCCCCAAACCGUCAUACAGCCGGAGGUGCAUCCUGGGAAGUGCUGGGCGUUCCGCGGCUCAAAGGGUUUCCUGGAGAUAUCUCUGUCCUAUCCAAUCAGGAUCACCCACGUUACCCUCGAGCACAUUCCGAAGACGCUGUCGCCAACCGGGGAGAUAGACAGCGCACCCAAAGACUUUGUCGUUUAUGGUUUGUUCAACCAGUGUGAUGGAGGACAACUGUUGGGCAGCUUCACAUACAACCAGGACGAAGAUCCUAUACAGACCUUUAAAAUACCUGAGUCUACACAAGUUUUCAACAUAGUGGAGCUGAGGAUCCUGAGUAACUGGGGUCACUCUGAAUAUACCUGCGUGUACCGGUUUAGGGUACACGGGGUACCUUGGGUCAUUAAUGGCUUAAAGUGACUCAAAUAAAUAAACAAUAAAAAUGUGCAAGCAAGAAAUUUCUGGCGGUGUUGAAAACUAAGUCACAUUUUUACCUAUUGUUCCAAAAGAGAUCUUUUGAGAAA